GUCAAACGAGCUGUCGGAAUCCAUUUGCAACGAUCGAAGAGCAGUGAACAUCGAGGAGAGGUCGUGGAGGAAUUUACCAUCUAGCCACCAUCGCCGUUUCGCCAAUUACACCAUGGCUGAUACCGAAAAGGCGCCGCAGCAGCAACCCCAACAACAACAACAGCAGCCGCAGCAGCAACAAGACCAGCAAACUCAACCGCUACCGGCUAAAGCCGCUAAACAAAAGCAGGUCAUUGCUGAGAAGGUUUCGGGCACCGUUAAAUGGUUUAACGUGAAGAGUGGAUAUGGUUUCAUCAACAGGAAUGACACGAAGGAGGAUGUGUUUGUGCAUCAAACGGCGAUCGCCCGGAACAACCCGCGCAAGGCUGUGCGCUCGGUGGGCGACGGUGAGGCGGUGGAGUUUGCCGUGGUCGCCGGGGAGAAAGGCUUCGAGGCCGCAGGAGUGACCGGCCCCGGUGGCGAGCCGGUCAAGGGCUCGCCCUAUGCAGCUGACAAACGACGCGGCUUUCCCCGCCAAUAUUACCCUCGCCAAAGCGGCGGACGCGGCGGUGAGGGCGCUCCACGCAGGGGAGGCAUGGGACGCCGCGGGCCCCCAAGCGGCCAGGGCGGCCCAGGCGGCCCGGGUGGCGCGCAGGGGGAUGAGGGUCAGGACGGGGGGGCACCACCGCAGAGGAGCUAUUUCCGACGCAACUUCCGCGGCGGACGUCGUGGUGCCGGCGCGCCGGGUCCCAUGAACCGCGGCGGCUACCGUCGCGUACGGCCGCGCAGCUUCCAGUCGGGCGCACCGCGAAUGGACGCGAACGCCGGGGCGGCGGCGGCGGCAGCUGCGGCGGCCCCCGCUCCGCCGGCAGCCGCCCCUGCCGCUGCUGCUGCUACUGCUACUCCUACUGCUGCGUCGGGGGCCGCCGAACAAGCCAAGCCGAAGCCGAAGCCGCAGGCGACGAUCGCCGCCGCUACCACCAACGAGAGCCAGGCCUGAGAGGCGGCGCGGCGCACGGCACGCCCGCGUAGUGCCGGCCUACCGGCUCGCGUGCCUAGCCCUUCAAAGUAUUGUCCGUGUACCACUCUGUGUUUCGUUCGGUCGGUAUCAUCUCCGGUUCUUAUCUUCUAGCAAAUCGUCUUGGGGGUGAACAACUGCAUAAUAUCAUGGAUCAAAGAUGUGAUAUUUUUAUUAUUGAAAAUGGUUAUAUAUUGUAUUGUUUUGAAGUUGUAGCCAAACUAUUUUCUGUUUGUAUACCACCGGUGCGGAGGCGGCGAGGGCGCCCGGGCGCGGCCUACUCCUGCGGCCCGCGCCCGCGCGCCCCCUCCGCCGCCCCGUCGCACCCCGCCGCAUCCCGCCCCGAAUUAUAACAUGAUGCAUAUUGCAUCAGUCACGGCACCAGCAAUAUCGGCCUACAGCCAUCGACAAUACUUUUGAAGAUUCUUUGAUCACUUGUCAGACUGAGAUGUAAUGAUGUAAGGAAAAUCGUACCCCUGUCUAAAUCGCUCAGCUCUCUGGACGCAACUGUCAAGACGCCCUGUCUGAUGCAAUAUUUAUGGAUUAUGAAAUGUUAGUAGUAUUUUCUUGGCCCAAAUUUUUGUGUUAUUAUUUUUCAGUUGUAGUAUAAUUUAUUUAUAUAUAUUAUAUUUAUAACUAUAUUUAAAUGAACUAUAAUGCAAAUAUUUUGUUAAAGAUGUUGUUGUUUUAUGAGUUGUGAGGCUGAGUGCAGGCGGCGCCACUUGCCCUGCGGUGGUAUACUCGAGUCGAAAUUUACUAAAGUUAAAGGAAACUUUGUGCAAUUAAUAUAAAAUACUAUAUACUCUAGAAGAUUGUUGAGAAAUGAUAUGCAGGUCCGUAGCCCCACAGUAAUUUUGUAUUUUAAAUAAUAAGACUUUAAUUUUAAUAAUUUUGUAACUUGCAAUUAAUGAUUUACUUGAGUUUAUAAAUUAAACUAUCGAUUUGCAAUACUUACUUUUAUAUAUUGUUUAGAAUGAAACGAAGCCAAUGAUGUACGGUGUACUAAACUAAAUUAUUUUCAAAUUUACAUCUAUAUGUUUUUUAAUAUUAAAAAGAGAAUUAUAAUUUUUUUUAUAAAUUCAAACUUUUUUAGGGAUUCUUUGAUAAUCAAUGAUUUGUGAACAUCUUUAUGCACUUUCGAUUUGCAAUAUCUAAAUUUACAAAUGAUGUAACUACGAACAUCUGACUUUUACCUGUGAAAAUUGAAAUAAAAUGAUUUUACCUGUGUGAAAA